AUACAAUGGUACCUACGCAGGCUUCGCAGAGCAUUUGAUAGGUGGCGGUAGCUGCGGAGAAAUUUCCAGUCUAGGUGAGCUCUGUUGGAAGGUGACGAAUGCUGUGAGGGCUAUUUUUUUUCUCCUCGUAUGACUUAAUGUACAGUACUCCGUACACCUGUGGUGAUACGGACACCAAGACACCCAAACCUUCUCUAAGUUGCUCUGGUGUUUCGGAUGUAAAGUUGUGAAAGUGUCACGACAUGCGGGACUUUUCCAACCCUUCCUCGUUUGGUCUUACCUUUGUAGCCCAGCCACUGGUUUUUGGGGAGGACAUCGAGGGAAUUUAUCGUUUGUCCGAAUCCAAACUCUGUGGCUGUCAACCUAUUGCGACCAACUGGACGCGCCCGUCCAGCCACUCAUCCAUCUGGUUAUUUGAACAUCCAAAAUAAACAAAACGUCGGAACAUUAAAGCCAACUUACGGAGUACACACAUACCCACCGGGCAAAGAUCGAUCGCUAGGAAUGCCUUCUGUAUGAAAUAUCCAGGUUCACUGUUGGGCUGAAACAGCAAAUCAGCAAACCUGUCCUAACUCGACUCUGCAGAGGGGAUCCAGAUUCACGAUCGACUUACUUCAGGACUUUGCUUUUGGAAGUACAGCGCCAACAUCUACGUCGUAGGAUUACGGCACACCGCUCGUCAAAAUGGAUAUGAGCCACGACCAUGGAGGUAUGAGCAUGGGAGGGACGACUGGAGGUUUCCAGAUGGUCAACAAGGGCCUGGCAGAGACAUACUGGUACUUGAUUGUCGGUUUCGUCGGGGCGUUGGUCCUGAUCAGGGUCGUGAACUAUGUCGACCUUCGAACCAGGUUGAGGGCUUGUUCCAAAAACUCACGGCAGUUCCCAACACGACCGAGCAAUCGACUAUCCCAAGUGUGGGCAACUGCGACAGCUAUCGGCCGCGAGAUGAGCUACCCACAACUUUAUGUCCCCGGCCGAUUCUUUUCGUGGGCGACGCCACCGCCGCUCGGCCGUAUCCUUAUUCUCGCCGUUUACUGGGCCGUCAUCAUCUACAUGUCGGUAUCCAAUGCCGUGAUCCAAGACGCCUACUUUUGGGAACGUAUCGGCUUCCGCAACGCCUGGAUGACAGUCAUGCAGGUGCCGCUGUUGUACCUCCUUUCCACCAAGGCGAGCCUACUCGGAGGAAUAAUCGGGUCCAGCCAUGAACGACUGAACUGGCUGCAUCGCUGGGUUGCGCGCACCAUGCUGGCCACGGGCGCCGUGCACGGCUUUUACUUCUAUGACCAGUGGGUUGAGUUCGACUUUGUCGAGGAUGAGCUGGAUAUGAUGCCCAUGGUCAAGUUUGGAUUCGGCGCAUGGGCGAUUCUCGCUUGGUCUGUCCUGACAUCCUUCUCGCCGCUGCGCCAUGCCUGGUACGAAUUGUUUGUGGUUCAGCAUAUCCUCGCCGCCAUCGCAUUCAUCGUCGUGCUGUUCUACCAUGUCCCUGCCAUUGCGCAGUGGUACCUGUGGCUUGCUGUGGCUGCUGUCUGUUCGGACCGAUUUGUCCGCGGCGUCCUGCUCGUAUGGCAGAACAUCAAGUUCAAGCCCAACUCAUCCAAAUGCAAGGGCGGCCAGCGCAUUGGUCACCAGGCGCAGUUGCGCGCCGUCGGCGAUUCGAUAACCGUGGUCACCAUCAAAGACGUCCACUUCAAAUGGGCCGCGGGGCAGCACCUAUAUCUUUGGAUGCCUCGAGUCGGGCCUAUCGAGGCGCACCCUUACACGAUUGCGUCAGCGCAUCAGCUGCCUGACACAUGCAUUUGCAACAGCAUCCAGCUGGUGGUGCGCAAACACAAGGGCUUCUCAAAGAGACUCCACCAGCACGCGGCAAGGUCACAGUCCCAGGGCAGAAACACGACAUGCACCGUGUUUGUAUCCGGGCCUUUUGGAAGGCCGCCGAGGUGGGAUGUCUACGAGACCUUGAUCUUGAUCUCGGCGUCGACUGGAGCCUCGUUUACGCUUCCGAUUCUGGAGAGCGUACUCAGUACCAAAAAGAUUAUGUGCACAAAGAGGAUCGACUUCUUGCUCGCGGCUAAAUGCCAAGAUGAGAUCGAAUACUACGUACAGCUGCUGCAAGAGUUUUCUGACCGAGCCAAGGAUGCCGGGAUAGAGCUGAGAGUGCAAAUUGCAAUUACAAAGGGUGAACCAAUAGCAGAAGAUCCUCUGCGGAACGACGAGGGUGAGGAUCAUGCACUCUCAGCAUCGAACGAUCAAAGACCGGGCAACGAGAAGACGACCUCUGUUGAUAUCGAAAGCGCGCCAGGCAGCCACCAGCGCCACCGGAUAUCAGGAGCCAGCGGCAGCAGCAGUGACGACUGCCGGAUCCACAGGACAUCUAUCAGGCCAGACAUCGCAGCUUUUAUUCGAGGUCCAGUCGAGGCAACGGGCGGCGAAACGUCGGUGGUGGUUUGCGGAGGCAAGUCACUGGUCGCCACAACACGCAACUGCGUGGCGCGUCUUUCGGAUGAAAGAGCGGUGCACAAGGGGACAGGAGCGCAAGGCAUUCAUUUGCAUGUGGAGGAAUACUCUUUUUAAUAUUUUCUGUCAGGCUGCUUUUGCCUCGAUUGUUAUUUACUGCGCAUACUCUUUCUCCUUUUGUUAUUUAGCCGUCGCAUCGCAUUGAUACCCAUCGUCGUCUGCAUGAGAUUACAGCCAAGGAACCUCCGCUGGCUUGUUUCUUGUCUGGUUAGAUACUCACGUAGCCACGCCAGUUGUUCUCUAUAUAUUGAACUUUUCCAAACCUGU